CCCGACGAUCCUCGUCUCCACCACACCAACGGCUAUACGCCCGCCCCAGUGCCGUCCUGCAUCAGCAGGUCGCAAACAAUCACACCGCCAGCGGGAGCUCUGCCCGAACUGGCCGAUGGGCGCUCCAGAAGCGUAUAAACACGAGCAAAGACGCGUCGCGACGUAAGAUAAUUUGGAACACAAAACCUAACGAGAAAGGUUGUCGGCAAACGGUCCAAUGAAUUAUUCAUCACUUAUAUCAUCAGCGUUAUUACGCAUUGAAAUAAUUAGCGUUUAGUUUUUCAGAUCGGUACAAAAUCAAUGUGAUUUGUAAGUAAUAACAUAAUGGUUAAAUUGGACAAAUAGUUGAUUACGGCUGCAUUGCAUGCCCUAAUUAUGGAGCAUUAAAUGAGGGUAGGAAAUUGCUUAACAAACACUUUGCAUUUCAUUAUUAAAUAUCUACAAAAAGUAUAAUAAAGUUUUAUUUAGUUGCGCUCUUACAGUUAACGCAACUGUUCAUUUAAUUACCGGUUGAAGAAUGGAUCUCUCUUCGUUUAUAUUAGCAUAUUUUUCGUCCAAAAAUCUGUCUUUAAUUACCGCGUUCUUGUGUUGGAGCCCAGUUGACAUAUUAAAUCUACAAUUUCGCACGAGGUCUACGGGACUUCGCCUAAGGGUAUACGUUAGCGAAUUUUCUGUGCUACCCGAUAUGCCGGCUUACCGCAUCUUCCGCGAGGGCAUCGUUCUUGACAUGAGCUGCCCUCAUGCUCAUCUGAUUCUUAACAAGGCGUCGGUUAAUCGCGCUUUUAAUCAUCGGCAUUCAUGGCUCUUAUUGCCCGACAUUCUCUCCAACGAUACUGACUUAGGUGAUAUCCUCCAAGACACGGUCAUUCUGCCAGAUGCAGAUGUCGUGGUAGCUUUUCCAGAGAAAAUGUUAGAUGUGUAUCGGGUAGCGAUUGAACAACCUUUCACCGUGUUGGAUAUCGGUGGUGGUUAUACCAAUUCGGAGAACUUGAAUAGGUUAUGGGCCACAAUCCCCACAGCCGUAACAAGGAGAAAGAAUUUAGGCCGCAUCUAUCUAAAAUCAGCUACUAUUAUAAGUCAGCCGCAAUAUUUCAAAGGUUGGUCGGAUCUCAAUGAUCGCCAAAUUGAUACGUUUCCAAAACUUACAUAUCCUCUAAUGAUGCUGUUAGCUGAAGAUCUCAAUUUCAGAUACAAUAUGAAACAAAUCGAGUUGUACGGCGAACAGCAGAACGGCUCGUUCACUGGUCUGGCUGGACUAUUGCAGAGAGAGGAGGUGGAGGUGGGUGUAGCUUCCAUGUUUCUGCGGCGCGACCGAUGGAACGUGCUGCACUAUUGUUCUGAGACGGUGGAACUAGUCGGUGCCUUCAUAUUCCGUCAACCUUCGCAGUCGGCCGUGUCCAACGUGUUCCUGCUUCCAUUUAGCGGCGGCGUGUGGGCAGCCGUAGGCGCUGCUUUCGCCGGUGGUGGUGUACUUUUAGCGGUAUUGGGAUACGUAGCACGGCGUCGUCAGCUUCCUGAUGAUACUGCAGAACGGCUUACUCUAUCAGAAACCUUCACUUUCGCCAUUGGAGCUGCUUGUCAACAGGGUUCAGACAUCUCUCCAGAGAUAAUAUCAGCACGCAUCCUUAUGCUCUUCAUGCUGUUAUCUUCUGUGUUCGCGUUUACAUCAUACUCGGCCAAGAUCGUGUCAAUCCUACAGGCGCCCAGCGAUGCAAUUCAGACCAUUGAUGAUCUCACACACUCACCAAUGAUUCUAGGGGUUCAAGACACAACAUAUAAGGAGAUCUACUUCGCGGAGAGUACGGACCCAGCUACCCAGCGGCUUUACAAACGCAAAUUGCAGCCGCAAGGCGAACUUGCCUAUCUCAGUGUGUGGGAUGGUAUCGCACGUGUACGCACUGGCUUAUUCGCCUUCCAGGUUGAGCUGAAUUCUGGUUACGGCGUCAUCAGCAGCACAUAUACGGAGCGCGAAAAAUGUGGCCUAAAGGAGAUUCAGGCCUUCAAGCUGCCCAUGGUUUCCGUGCCGAUUCGUAAACACUCAGGCUAUAGAGACCUCUUUGCUGUGAGACUGCGGUGGCAACGUGAGGCGGGCCUAACAGAACGAGCGCGGCGUAUGUGGAUGGUCCGACGCGUACGUUGCGAAGCGGGUGGAGGCGGGUUCGUUAGCGUCGGCCUCGGUGACGUGUUGCCCGCGCUUCACGCACUACUAGCUGGCGCUGGUGCUGCCCUAUUAUUGCUGCUCGCUGAAAUACUUACGCGCUUUGUCCAACGGCGACACCACUUUUAGCUCCACACGUAGGUCCUUACUUAAAACGUACUUAAAAUCAAUCCAAUGCCGCUUAAAUCGUACAACUCUAUGGAGUAAGCCCUAAGGAUGAGUCCUUUACAUUUCUGCUUGUGUUUUUUAUUUACAAUUUUGUUCAAUUAGCAAGUCAACAACAACGACAACUUAAGCAAAGUCUUAAUUGCGAUAAGAAAGACAAUUUUAUUGGCGAAGAGCAUGAGUUCAGAACGAUUAAAAAACUCUUGAAGUCUU